GCGGGGUCAAUCGGAAUGGCGGGAGGGUGCGCGCGGUGAUGACGUAUUGCUCAGCGCGAUGGCGGCGGCCGCGGGCCCGGUUGUGCGGUGCUCGCUGUUGCAGCGCCGGCCCCUCCGCUGCGGGCCGGGUCCGCGGGCUGUGCCCGGCGGGGACGCUUCCCUCAGGCUGUGCAGCACGCGGGUGGCGCAGGAGGGCAUCAACAAACCCGUCAUAGACCGCAUCAUCCGCGUGGACCAUGCCGGGGAGUACGGGGCGAACCGCAUCUAUGCGGGGCAGAUGGCCGUGCUGGGCAGGUCGAGCGUGGGACCCGUCAUCCAGCAAAUGUGGGAUCAAGAAAAAGACCACCUGAAAAAGUUCAAUGAGCUCAUGGUUGCAUAUAGAGUUCGACCUACUGUUUUAUUGCCUUUCUGGAACGUAGCAGGUUUUGUUUUAGGGGCUGGAAGUGCUUUACUUGGAAAGAAGGGUGCCAUGGCUUGCACAGUGGCUGUGGAAGAGAGUAUAUCAGAGCACUACAACAACCAGAUCCGAACUCUAAUAGAAGAGGAUCCAGAAAAGUACAAAGAACUGUUGCUGGUAAUAAAGCAAUUCCGGGAUGAUGAGCAGGAGCACCACGACAUUGGGCUUGAGCACGAUGCAGAAGCUACACCAGCUUAUUCUGUUUUGAAGACAGCCAUACAACUUGGAUGCAAAGCUGCAAUAUUUUUAUCAGAAAGAAUUUAGUUAUAUUUUCCAUAAUAAUUGUGGCAAUAAACUGUGACACGAAAGUGUAUGGAAAUUGUGGAAGACUCAGCUAUUUUAUUCCACUUUUUAAAUUUUUCUGCACUAAGCACUUGAUUCAGCCAUCCUUUGUCACAUUGAGUCCCCAUUUAAAAGUCUAUAUUAAAGUCAGUAGACCUAAAUGUGAAUAAAGUCGGCAGAAUUGAGUCUGUGUGAACUAAACCUCCUAUUCAGAGACUGUUCACAAGGUGGCAGCAAAAUAUACGUGGUUUAUAUAUACAAUAUUUGCGUAUGGAUGCACACACAAAAAUUAUAAAUAUGUUCUCUGUUCCCUUCAAAUUUAUGUGUACUUGAAAUAAGCUGGGGCAGAUAAUUUUAAAAUAGUUAAUACUGGUUGUUUUCAGGGUGAGUGAAGCAAUAGUAAGUAUUUCUUUUCAGUCCAUCUUGAAUAAAAAUUGGUAUUAUAAG